CGAAGGAAAAAAAAAAGUCGACGACUCAAUCUCGGGCUUCCCGUUCAACGCGCGAUCUAUAUAACAUAACCAGAAUCAGGAUGUUCGCUUCAUUACGGCCGUCGUCGCAGUCCUUCCGCCUCUUGGCUCGUUCCUUCUCGGCCACGCCCGCAACAUGCUCUCACAUCGGCUCAGCUCCAAUCCCCCUCCCCCCCGCCGUCACCGUUACCCCAACCCCCACCGAUGACAUUCCAGAACUCCAUACAAUCCAGGGUCCCCUCGGCUCCAUGAAACUCCCCAUCCCCGCCUACCUGCAGCUUCACCACGACGAAGCGACACAGAAGCUAAAGUUGACGUGUGACGAUACCACGGUGAAGAAGCACCGAGCGAUGUACGGCACCACGCGGGCUCUAUUGUUUAACCACAUCACCGGCGUCUCCGAAGGCCACUCCAUCACGAUCCGCUUCGUCGGUGUCGGAUACCGUGGUUCGCUCGAGACCUCUUCCGCGGGAAAACCCUUCGUUUCUUUGAGGAUCGGAUUCGCGAACCCGGUGGAGAUGCCGGUGCCGGAGGGGAUUAAGGUUACGUUUCAGGUGCCGACGAAGUGUGUUUUGGAGGGGGUUGAUAAACAGUUGAUUACGCAGUUUGCGGCGAAGAUCAGGGCGUGGAGGAAGCCGGAGCCUUAUAAUCAGAAGGGUAUCUUUGUUGGGGAUGAGACGAUUGAGAAGAAGGAGAUUAAGAGGGGUUAAACUGGUGUUAAGUGAUGGGUGGUUUGCGGUUGUGGGUUGGGAAAGUGAUGCAUAUGAUGGUGACGGGGAGGAAGAUCGUUACGAAGAUCUUGCAAAAGCUAUUGGUGGAGGAGGAAAGCAUACGUCGGGCGUUAAUAUCUUGGUCCUUUGUGUUGUGUAUAUGGAUGUUUUUGGCAUAGACU